AUGGUGGCGUUCUGGGGCUGUGGCGUGACAGAGACCAAAGCAGUGGCCGUGGACGUCCCCGAGGGCUUUGUGCUGAAUGUGUGCAACGCAACAUGCGACACCUCCAGCACCGAAACGCAAUUAGUGGUGGGUCUCGAGACCCAGCAGCUGGAUGGCAAAGUCUGGAAGGGUGCCGUCGCGCACUUGGGCGCCCCACAGCCCCUACAGAUCAAGCUGGAUCUGGUCUUUGGCCACAGGGUCAAGUUCUACUUGGCCAAAGGCAUGGGCGCUGUCAACCUGACUGGAUACUUCCAGCCGGGUCCCUCUUCUGCCUACUUGGCUGAGAACGAAGACGAGGACCCGUCUCAGAUCGAGGCGACCAGCGCACGAAAAGGCAAAAAACGUGCUCGUGAGGAAAAACAAAUAGAGCCAACGGGACGCGAUGAGGUGUCAGCAUUAUCGAGUCACUCGAAGAACGUGUCGGAGAAAAGCGCAAAGCCGGCCGCUGCGCCAUCUUCUGUGGAGAAGCCGAAGCAGAAGAAGGCAGACGAGUCCCCUGUCGUCCCUGCGCCGUCGAACCCCGUUACAUCGACAACGGGUUCGGCACACAAGAAGAAGCGCAAGAAAAAGCACAAGAGCUCUGCUGCAAGUGAGAGCACUCCUCCGUAA